AUGUCCCUUGUCUGGCUCAUCACCGGAACAUCCUCCGGCUUUGGCCACGAAUUCGUCACCCAAGUCCUCGCCCGCGGGGACAAGGUCAUCGCAACAGCACGCAACAUCUCCAAGAUAUCGCACCUGAAGCAACUCGGUGCUGAAAUCAUGGCACUGGAUGUUACAUCCCCGCAGGCAGAACUCAACACUAAAGCCGCCGAAGCCAUCUCGCUCUUUGGAAAGGUAGAUGUGCUUGUUAAUAAUGCAGCAUACACCCAGUUUGGGUUUUUGGAGGAUAUGAGUGAGGACGACUACGUGAAGCAGUUUACGACCAAUGUCUUUGGAACGAUCAACACGACUCGUGCAUUCCUGCCUCAUUUCCGCUCUCGCAGGGCCGGGACUGUGGUUAACAUCGGUUCUAUGUCUGCGUGGGAGACGUACCCUGGUGUCGGGGCGUAUUCGGCUUCCAAGGCCGCCCUUCGCUACGCCACAGACGCACUUGAUCAGGAGGUCGCAUCGCUCGGUAUAAAGACUCUCCUGGUUGAGCCUGGCCAGUUCCGCACGGAGCUCUUGAGCUCUCAGAAUAGUAUGUUCGUCGAGACGGAUAUCCCUGAGCACAGGGAAGUGGCAAGUGCCACGUUCGACACAUUUCGCAAAGCGCAUGGGAACCAGAGAGGAGAGCCAGCGAAGGGGGUAGCUCGCAUUAUUGACGUCGUUCGAGGGGAGAAUGGGGCCGCUAGGCGAAGGUGGCCGAAAGAGCUUGCUUUGGGACCAGAUGCGGUUGCUGUGAUUCGCAAGAAGUGUGAAGAGACGCUGAGGUCUCUGGCUGAAUGGGAGGAGUUUUCUACCGGGACAGACUUUGUCUAG